AUGGCUGCUGGUUCUGCGAAGCUCCAGACACCCCGCUCCGAGGCCGGAGCCAGCGCCGCUGAUGACGGCAAGGCCGCGCCCAGCUGGAACAGCAAGAAGUCCAGAGAGGAGUUUGAAUCCUUAAAGUCGAAGCUUCUCGACCAGCGCUUCGAUCCGAAGCACUUUCCCGACCCUCUGCUCCCGAGGAACGGCUCUGAUCCACGUAAUAAUCCCAAAGGAACACCGGAGGCCGAGAGGAGGAUCGACCGGAUCAUCGCCGAGUACAGGGACCGGAAUUAA